CUAGGUGAUUCCUGGUACUGCAUUCAAAGCGUCGCUUUCGGACCACCGUGUCCAAUCAGCGACGGGCUUCGUGAUGACACCUUGGGAUUCCGCGAAGUAGUUUCUUUCAGAUGAGAACAGCAAACAGCCGCACGGAGUUGACGCACUUGUGAGGAUAGACGCGAAUGACAGCACGCGAAGUUCCACGCUUUUCUUACGUGGCUGAAAUAACACCGGGAACAGCACCUGGAUGUUUAUUCGAUAACUUGUGCUUUCGGAUCCAAGCGACGCGCGCUUUUAUUCUCCUCUCGGAACAUUAAUCAUCCCAGUCACAUUGGGAAAGACACGUGUAGGCGUGAAGCCACGUUUUCCGGAGUCAUCUGUAUCCCGAUGCGCAUACGAUGAGAAUCCCGCUCCCUAAGUUUUAGCGCGUCUGAGUUACAGUAGCAGCUGAUUUAUCCGUUUCCAGGACGUUUUGGGUAGGCUAUCUACAAUGACGGACGUUGAUACUGCAGCAAGGUCCUUGGGGCAGGUCUCGAACGGUGACCGCUUAGACAAACUAGCCGGCGAGGAGGGAUCCGAACAAAGUCAAGAGAGCCGGACUCUGUUAAUGGUCGCGAUGAUUCUGCUGGACUUAAAUCAGUGUAUCCCGAGCGGCAUCAGCGGGAAAUGCAUGGUGAACGGUGAUGCGGACAAUCCACCCGGCGUUAAGGAAAACCGGGAGAAAUGCAGGCAGAGCGCGAGCAGGGGGAAAAGGACACGGAACCGCGACAGACUGCACGCGUCCGCUGAGAAGAGACACUGCUGUCCCUAUGCCGGCUGUGGGAAAAUAUACGGCAAAUCGUCCCAUCUUAAGGCGCACUUCAGAGUACACACCGGUGAGCGUCCCUUUCAGUGUACGUGGCCAGGCUGCGCAAAGAAAUUCUCACGGUCGGAUGAGCUGACGCGACAUUUCCGCACGCACACCGGGGAGAAGCGCUUCAUGUGUCCGCUCUGCGACAAGUGCUUCAUGCGUAGCGAUCACCUCACCAAGCACGCCCGCAGACACGUCGGCUUCCACCCCAGCAUGCUCCAGGGUCCCGCCGGCCGAAGACGACACUCUUCGACGUCCACGUCGUCCUCUGGCUCCAGCGAUCACGUGUCUGCUGGUGUUUGAGCAACCACGUGACCCUCCCCCCCCACUGCACAUUUUGGAUGUCUCUUUCCUGAAGCUCAGAUCUCGGAGCUUCUGUUAUUGAGCUGAUGAUGUGAGGUAAAAGAGGCGUUACGUAAUGGAGACAUGCAAAAUAUGUUGUGAUGGAGUUCUCCUAGACAAAGCCUGAAAAUGGGACUUCUCAAUGGAAUGGACCGAAUCAUCAGAUUUUGGCAGAAACAAUGUUAUGUACAUUUAGUCUGAGGGUUAUUGCAAAUGCAUAGAGGUAUUUAUAUAUCAUCGCAUAUCACAAAUAUGAAAUUGAUUUCAAUACAAAGGAGCCAGGGGAUUUAUCACCCACCCACUGUGACAAAGGGAAGAGAACAUAUUCUGAGUAAAACUUUAUGCGUGCUGAAAGCAAGACACGUUUUCCUGUUGACUUUGAAGUGUCAAAUUUGGCAGUGGUCCAGUUAUUGGAAGUGGGUUUUAAAAUAAUCACUAUAAAUGUUUUUUGUGGGACAGCAGUUGACUUCAGGGUCGUAGAUGGUAUUUGUAUGACAUUAAAACAGUUGGGUACUUACGAGAUUAACUUUGCAUCGUGUGAGGUUUUACGCACACAAGCUUUUUUGUUUUUUGUUUUUAAGCGAUCGUUAUUUGCACAUCCUAAUCAGUUAUGCAAAGGAAAUGUAACUUAUUUAAUGCACAGCAUCGAAAAUACUCUUUAUUCGGAACACUUUUAUUGUUUCUUUUGAUCUUCUAAAUCUAGUGAUGCAAUGAGGCUUAGCAGAAGUUCACUCAUUAAUAGUUUACCACCGCCAUCUAUAGGUGUGUUAUGGGAAAACAAACUGAAAUCUGUGCCUUCCAUAUACUGACUGCACAGCUGAAAAGAAAGAACAAGCGUUUUAUAUUUCUCUCACUACCUAUGGUUUUAUUAGCAGUGCGUAGUAUUUUUAAUCGGUUACGGACUUGAGUAACGCAGCCUUUUAUUAGUUUCGUUUUUUUUCCUUUUCAUACAAGUCCCACUUGACUUCGGAAGUCUUUCCACUGUUCAGCUGUUUACUUGAAAUACUUAACGUAAUUAGAAUUUAGAUUUUGUUUGAAUCUACCGUAACGAUCAGCCAUUGUGCUUUAAACGUCCCAAGCACAAACUGAAUUUUACACGUGAAUCAACAAUCAAUGCAUCUAUUGGAUCUUUAUUCAAUAACAAUUGUAUAGAUUUUUAUAUUUUAUGUCACGAUAACGGAUCGACGGAUGUUUGGCUUUUAUUAGUAUCUGUGCUAAUUUAUUGUUGAGAUGUACGUUUAGUAGGUUUGCGAGCCUGAAAUCAAGAAGCAGGUUAUUUGAAACGUGCUGUCGAUGUAAAAAAUGCUCAACCUGUGCCUUGUUUAGAGCUUAAGACCUCUUAGACUGCAGAAUGUAAAUCGCAAGUUACUGAGAAGUACUUUGCUGUAAUUUACGAAACUCUUCUCGGUUGCGUAGCGCAAAUGCCAGUGUUGUGAUGUGUCUUGCAGGACUUGAGCCACUACCGUUGUACAUACACGUGCCGUGCUUUUCCAUCAGUAUCAUUUAUGCAACGUUCAGCUGCUUUCAUUACCUGUAAAUGUACAUAAAGGAUGAAUUAAAACAAAGAAAACUGUAA